UACGUCAUUGUGCUUGAAGGCAGCAUAUUAGAAGAAUUAAAACAAUGAGAUUUACAAGAUCUGUAUGACUAAACCGACGUGAUCUGCUGGCUGCUCCACCUCCUCUACAGUAAUGCGUUGUCAAUAAAAAUGGGAGGCAGCGGAUCCAAAACCAAAGGAGUCUGGCCUUUUAGCAACUCAGGAGCUGGAGGAGAAGCUCCCGGUGAGGUCAAUGAACAGUGUUUAGCACGUCUACGAGGCUCCAAGAACGCAACACCAUUUGUCUUUACAAGGAGAAGCUCCUUGUAUUUUGAUGAAGAUGGAGAUCUGGCUCAUGAAUUUUACGAGGAGACUGUGGUGACCAAGAACGGCAGAAAGAAAGCUAAACUGAAGAGGAUUCAGAAGAAUCUUAUACCUCAGGGAAUCAUUAAGUUGGAUCACCCGCGAAUCCGCGUCGACUUCCCUGUCAUCCUGUGUGAAAUAUAAACACAGACACUGUGAGAAGUGGCACAAUCACCCCAGACUUCCUUCCUCCUUCGGUGUUCUUCUGAGAGGAUUCUGUUACGACAGCCAGGGGGUUCUGCCCUUCACAUGGCUUUGACCAAAAACAUGAAUCAUAUUUUCUGAUUUGUAUUUUGGUGUAUAGACAGCAGACAUACAGUGUCUUGUCUUCUGUGAUGUACAGUAAGGAAUGCAUGUGCAAUGAGAGCGUGUGAGUAUGGAGCAGUGCAGGGAUUGUACAGAAAUCACUCGUGUUUGUUGAUGUCGACCAACUGCAGUGUGUUUUUUUCGUCGUAUUGUAUAUUAUAAUAUUCUGUUGUAUCAAAGUCUGACUCUGUUUGUCGGGUUGCAACCCAUAUCUGCACUUUCUUCUCAUUUAUUGUACAGUAAAUUAUGAGUUGAUAUAUUUGAAUAAAGCUGUUUAGCAGAUUA